AUGAUUUACUUUCGGCGUAGUGAAUCUUCAGCGCUCAUUUCUGUUGUCGGCUUCGACAUCGGUAAUUUGAACUGUUACAUCGGCAUCGCUCGUCAGGGUGGUAUUGAAGUAAUCACUAAUGAUUACUCGUUACAUGCAACCCCGGCUUGCGUUGCUUUUACGCCUAAAAACAGGAGUAUGGGUGUAGCCGCUCGACAGUCAGUGAACACGAACUUCAAGAACACGAUCAUAAAUUUCAAACAUAUGAUUGGACGAAAGUUCAGUGAUGCCAUAACACAGAAAUUUAUACCUUUCGUUCCAUGCCAAACUGUACAACUGGCGAAUGAUGACAUUGGUUUCAAGGUUAGUUAUCAAGGGCGAGAAGCUAUUUUCACACCAGAACAAGUGCUGGCAGCUCUUCUUACCAAACUGAAGGACAUAGUAGAAAGUCAACUCAAGGAUGUGAAAAAAGUCACCGACUGCGUUGUGACGGUACCAUCUUAUUUCACUGAUGUACAGCGGCGAGCGACACAAGCUGCUAUUCAAUCUGCCAAUUUGAAUGCGUUGCGAGUAAUGAAUGAAAGCACAGCCAUUGCACUUGCAUAUGGUAUUUAUAAACAAGAUUUGCCCGAGGAAUCAGCUCGUGCACGCUAUGUAGUCUUUUUGGAUGUUGGUCACGCUUCUACACAAGCUAGUCUCGUGGCUUUCAAUAAGGGCAAGCUCCAGUUUCGAUUUCUGAAUUAUGCGAAUGUUCCAACAGAAGUGGGUGCGGCUAUGCAGUGCGCUAUUCUUUCGCCUGCAUUCCGUGUUCGAGAGUUUUCUGUCAAGGAUUCUCAGCCAUAUCGUGUGAAGAUUACUUGGUCCGGUGGUGCUUCAGAAAGCGGCUCAUUUAUGUCGAACAAAUGUGAUGUGAAGAAGCGUGAACUAUUGCAUAAUUAUAGCGAAUCCGACGUUUUUGUGGAGCGAGAUGAGUUCCCAUUCUCUAAAAUGGUCUCACUGUAUCGAGCAGAUGCCUUCCAAGUUGACGCUCGAUAUGCGCUGCCGAAUACUGUUCCACAUACAACAACUACCGUCGUUUUACGAACACGCCUUAAUGAGUUGAGAAAAUAUGGAGACCCCAUUGUUGAGCGCUAUAGAGAAGCUGAAGCCAGAAAGGCCUAUGAAGAUUAUGUGGCUGGUGGAGAAGCACAUGCUCACAUUGACAGCGCCGAUAUGGAGAAGGUUAUAAACGCCAUUGAGGAAAAGAAACGUUGGUUGGAUGAAGCCCGUCAUAAGCAGGAACGGAGAGCAAAAACUGAACCGCCUAUAGUUUUCGCAUAUGAAAUUGCACAGAAACAACAGGUUCGAAUCAAUCCAAACGGUAUUUUUACGAUCUGUUCGGCAACCAUGUACGACACGCAAAUCGUAGAGGCAUUUGAAGCAGUUGUGCUACCGAUUUUGAACAAGAAGAAGCCAGCACCACCUCCAAAGAAGAAGGAACAAAAGCCGGCAGAGCCCCCCGAGAAUGGUAAUCCUGCUGGAGAUAACCCUGGAACAGUUCCACCGCAACCUGGAGAAAUGGAGGUUGACUAG